AUGAUUUCAUUUCUCAUUUUCAGCGGUGAAUAUACUAAGGCCAUGUCCAAAGACUGGCACAGCGGUCACUUUUCUUGCUGGCAAUGUGACGAAGCUUUGACCGGUCAACGUUACGUUCUUAGGGAUGAACAUCCUUAUUGUAUUAAAUGCUACGAAAGCGUUUUUGCCAACGUUUGCGAAGAAUGCAAUAAAAUAAUUGGCAUUGAUUCUAAGGAUUUGUCGUACAAAGACAAACAUUGGCACGAAGCUUGUUUCUUAUGUAACAAGUGCCGCGUGAGCCUCGUCGACAAACAAUUUGGAUCUAAAUCCGAAAAAAUUUACUGCGGAGGAUGCUACGACGCCCAAUUUGCAUCCAGAUGCGAUGGCUGUGAAGUCACGUUUUAA